CUGGUGAAAUAAAAAAAAAGAACAACAUGAUUCUUCGACGAAAACCGGUGCAUGGCUGCAAUUGUCCCUGUCAUCAGCAUUGCUCGUCGAAAUGUGCAGUUUACCAGAAUAUAUAAAGUGUAUAAAAGCCAACUCACAUAAUAUUAAAUGGAAUAUGGAUACUAAUUUAUGUGAAAAAAAUGAGGUAGUAAUGCAAGCAGAUAUAGUAACAUUGCAAAAUACCUUAUGUAAUAAAAGCCAAAAGAUAGAAGUAUCUAAUUGUCAAUGUAUGGUUAAUGAUGAGUUGACAUAUAUACAAACAAGAGAAAAGAAAACGCAUAUGGAUACAACAAGUACAGCCUUCAAGCCAAAGAAGAAUGUGACAAAAUCGAAGGUGAAGAAGCAUAAAAGUGAAGGAGAAUCAAAUUCUGAAUCUACAAAGUUAGAAGAUAAUCUAACUCAAGUAUUAGAAAGAUUUAGAAGAGGUUGUGAAUGUCAAGAUGACCAGUGCUUUAGAGGCUUAAAUCCUGAAACAGUGUAUCGUCACAGACUAAAUAUUGCAGAGUUAACCAAGGGUGAACAUGAUAUGUAUUUAAUGGGUGUUACCAUGGCUUGUUUAACUAAUCCAUAUGAGACAGCACGACAUACAGAGCGACGUAGAUUGCGUGCACAAUAUGUAUAUCAGGGUAGAAGAGUUUGUUUAGAUGCUUUUUUAUAUUUAGAAAACUGUACGCAUUAUCAAAUAAAACGAAUUAGGAAACAUUUAAUGACCCAUGGUGUCACACCACGAGUUCAUGGUAAUCAUGGAAAAAUACCACACAACACAUUUUCUUUAGAUAUUUAUAAAAUUGCUACAGAAUUUUUAAAAAAUUUUAUUGAAUUACAAGAAACGAAACAAAAAACAAAGAUUGCAAAAAAUGCACAAUUACAUCUUCCAUCGGAUAUUACACGUAAAAUAGUGUAUGAUUCAUACAUACAGUAUUGUAGAAAAAUAUCUCCUGAUAUAAAAAUAAUGGGAUAUUCAACAUUUAGAAGAUUUAUGAAAGUUCAAUUUCCACAAGUAAAAUUUGCUAAAUUAGAAUUUAUGAUUAGAAGUCAAAGUAUACAAAAUCAAGGAUGUAGUAAAAGUGACUUGGAGAAGAAGGAUGUAAAUGAUGAUGGACCAUCUGAAUCAGCAAAUUUGGUAACAGAGAGUAGUACCUUAUUACCCUUAUUAAUUGCUAGUGAAACAGGACAAAGUGAUACUUAUUUUUUAACACCAGUUAAGAAACUACAAGAUGGUAUAAGUUAUCAGAUAACUACAAGUGGACUUCUAGUCAAUAAACCAGCAUUACCUGUCUAG